AGACACGACAACGUCGACAACCAGCUAUACCGCUUACAGCCGCCGAGCUCAACCGAACAGACACACUGACACACGGUUCUUUCUGUACUUCUACAGCAACCUAUUGGUCAGUUGAGGUCGUUCCGAGCCUUCUCUACGAGCCAAAGGAGGGAAACGAGUUUCCGCGGUGGUGAACAAGCAUCAAGCCGGACAAAGCGAUUCACACGGCGAUAGAGACACGGAGUUUUCAAGUGACUUCGAAGUUUUGAUGCGCGAUUCGGAUACCAAACUCAGUUUGAGGAAUUGUGAAGUGUCUUCCCACUCGUCAACCCGAGACAGAAUGCAAGCCGGAAGCAUGUGCGUGCCCACAUCGCAGGCGAAAAGUCUCCACGUGGCGUUUUCUGAGGACAAUGAAGAUGUGGGAGAACGCAAGAAGAAGUACCUCACCGCGAAGUACGGCGCUCAUCAGAUGGCUCUGAUCAAGAAACGUUUGCAAGUCGAAAUGUGGAUGUACGACCAGCUCCAACAUCUCUAUGCGUCCAAGACCGACACUAACAGCGAAGUGGAAAUCGACCUCGACGAAGUUCUGGACAUGGAGAGUGACCUCAUUCGGAAGGAGUUUCUGUUGAGCAAGCUCCAUGGAGCGAAGAAAAGCCGUCAGGACGUCGAGAAUUUCGUGAAGGAACUCCUGACCAGGGCCAAAACACUCUGAGCCCGAAACUUAUUUAUUAUAAUGAUAAUGAUAUGAAUGAUCAUGAUAUUCACUAUUUUAAUUCGCUAGCCCUCUUCUCUCCGCCAUCACCUACUUGUCUCAGGGAUCAGGAGACGGUCACAUUCGCUGUGUCGAGUGAAUGAGCUCGGAAAGGGAACAAAGACAUGUGGAUGACCAAUGAUCAUAUGAUCAUGAACACAGAAAUCGCGAUCAAACGCAGCAAAACGGCUGCACGAGUCCUCAAGCCGAAUUUCCGCUCGCAUUUCCGGUCGACUCCAGUACCGAGAGAAUGGUCGGGAAAGUCGUGAUUGUUCUGGAGGGAGAGAGAGCGGCAGUUCUUGCGUCUACUAGCCGUUCCCAGUACGAAACCUAUUGGGCGCUAAGUGAGCCACUGAAUCCGUGUCUUCUAAGACCACGAGAAGACUUCGAGCAAGAGUCUCUCUAACUUCUCUCAGGUCUCGUCCCAAGUUCGGCGAAAGACUGUCAGUCAUUCAACGAUACGCAACACUUCGAUUGCGAUCACCGAUGAUAUGAAUAUGCAGGCGAUUAUAUAAUCACAAACUAUGUAUGGGAGAACAAUAAAUGAAAAUACUUUUCAUUCAUUAUCA